AUGGACUCGGAAGACGGGGAGUUUUUUGUCAAGCAACUCGCAACGUUUGUGCGAACACACGAGAAGGCGCUCGCGAAUGCGCUUCAGUUUCGGCGGCAGACACCUCGCCAUGGAUCCUCACAAAGUGUCUCGUCGGUUUCCCCUGUGAACGCACCGACGUCCCCAUCAACAACGGAACGGCCUGCUACGUCAGCCUCAACCUCGAGCACACUGGCAGCCGCCUUUUCUCUGGGCUCGCUGAACCUCACCUCGCACAGCGUAAAGUCAGCAAAGCUCGCCCUCACCCCACAUCACCUCUUUUAUUUGCUCUCCCGAUUCGAAGAGCUUAGCAUACCUGUCGGGCCCAUGAAAAUUCGCUUGGAGAAUCUGCAUGAUACAACGGCUUCAGGAAACUAUGUCUCCUUCCUCGGGCAAUCUCAGCGUUCCAAGAGUCGCGGCUCCGAUGUCGGCUCCAUUCACUCGGUUUCCAGUCUUCGGAGCGUUAUGUCAGGCAUGUCCGCUCUUUGGGCCAGCUUCGGAAUCGGAUCGGGUAUUUCCGCCGCUCGAACAGAAAGGCAAAAGGCGGCGAUCCAAAAUGACUUGAAAUACCUCUACUCCGCCUUUACCAAGAUUCCCUGCCUGAGACUUGCUCCAGAUUGGCGCGCUCGUCUCAUCAGGGGCUACGAGGAGUUUCCCUUUGACUCAGCAGUGCCUCUGUACGUCUUCAAAAACGUCCAGGCACUGGAGGUGAGCGAUAUCGAUUUUAGGCAAUUCUUUGGUUGGGAUAAGCUCUCAGAACAGCUUCGUUCGCUCACGCUCAAGCGUGCCAGCAUUGAGGACCCAGCAGAUAUCCUGAUCGAUAUUGUCUUGGACGACAUGGACAAGCGCAGGCGCCGCACAUCCAAGAGCCAAGCAUCACCCACCACACAGUCAACCUGGCCAGGAGCUGUGAACAGCCCUCGGAGAAGUCCGACGGUGUCGCACAUGGACUUGCCAAAGUCCACCUCUGCCCCUGGUUCCCCUGAUGCCCGGAAAUCGGCAAACGAUCUUCCUGUCGGCUCUCUAAGCAGUGAACUUGGGACAGACCAAGAGGGCCGGACUCCCACCGACAGCAGGAGGCCUUCGAUCGUCAGGAUUGACAGUGAUGAGCUCAAGUCACCAGCAAGGGAUACUCGGCCACGGAGUCACUCUCCCCGACGCCCUCAUAGUUCCAGAAACGGCUCUUCCAACGUGCGCGGAUCUUCUUACAAGAUCCGGCGAUCUGGUUCUGGAAGCUCUCAGUCAAGUCUCUCGGACUCGUGGCACAACGGCCGUGGAAGCGCUUCCAACCUCCUUUCCAUGGGCAUCCUCCCAGCCUCCAAGUGGCGCUUCCUCAAGCACUUGAGCCUGACGGAUAAUUCUUUGACCAACAUUCCCGCCGCCAGUUUGGCACCACUGGCCAACAGCCUGCACUCCCUCGACCUGUCGUCUAACCUCUUUACCCAGAUCCCCGACAGUGUCGCCACGCUAACCUCGCUGCGCGCCCUGAACCUUGCCCACUGCAUGAUCGACUCGCUGCAUUCACUCACCCGCAACCCUCUCCCAGCCAUCACUGCCCUCAACCUCCGAGCCAACCGCUUGCAGUCUCUUGCCGGAAUCGAAAAGCUCUUUCCCCUGGAAAGGUUAGACUUGCGGGACAACCGUCUGACGGACCCAUCAGAACUGGCUCGCUUGACGGGAAUUCCCGAGAUCCGUGAGAUCUAUGUGGAUGGCAACCCCUUUACACGCACUCAUCGCGACUACCGCAUCACCAUCUUCAACCUCUUCCGUCAAACACCCGGAUAUACUGAGGACAUCACCAUCGAUGGAAGCGGGCCUAGUUACUCGGAGAAGCGGUAUCUGGUAGAGAGGGCAGCGUUGCCUCCUGCUGUUCCCGUGGUCAAGCCGCCACCCGAGGAGAUUCCUGCCGUGGAUGUGAGCAAGCCGGCUAUCAUUUAUGAUGCCCCCAUCAAGGAACCCGCUGUCCUUCGUAAAGAGCGUCCUCAGCCCAAGACUGUUUCGAGCGAGGUCAACACCAGCUCUACCCGGCGCCGGAGAGCACCCAAGCGGCGGAUUGUCGAUCUGGCAACCAAUGAUACCCCUAUACCCCAUGCCCAGCCAAUCGACAAUCAGACCCGCGUGCCAAGUAUCAAGACCACGGCAGUGCUCGAGCCAGAGUCCAAUUACCGGACCUCACAACCACCAGACACACAACGGCCAACGGCGAACGUCCUUGGGGAAACCGUUGCAGUUCCCCAAGGCCUUGCGCCAGAGGUCCCCAGAAUCGACACCAGCGUCAUUCCGCAACUUCCACCUGUCUAUGAUACGGGCGAGAACAACACGGAGUGGGACGUUGGUGGGGAGAUCUAUCGAAGAAAAAUCGAGGCCCUCCGCGACAAGGUCGGGAGUGGUUAUCUCAGCGUGCUCAGUGAGGAAGGCGGCUACCCCACCAGCCUUCCACCAGACUAUCACGAGCCGGCAGACUUUGGCGCUGCCUCACCCCACUCAAUCACACCUCGAGCUGCCAGCGUGCAAGCGAUCCACAGCGGUCGCACGCUAGGCUGAAGAAGAAGAUUAUUGCCGAAAAUUCUUAUCAUUUUCAUCAUUCUGUGAUACCCCGCCAGUUUAUAAUGGCACAAACAGAGAGGAGGGAAUUGGAGAUGGAAUGGGCAUUAUAUGGGAGGGAAGGAAAGGGGGGGAAAUGAACAUGUGUUCAUGUCUUGAUGAUGGAUCAUGUUGCUAUGUGCUGUUGGAUUUUGCUCUUUUUUUUUUUUAGAGACGAACGAUGACUGGAGUGAUUGAACGACGAUGAGCAAGCAACAGCAACGACAGUGGACUGGGAAAAGCUUACUUGACCAUCUUUCACCCCCACCUUUUCUCUUCCUGCCACCUCUUGAAAAAGAGGCUGGCUUGGUUUUUUAUAUUCGUUGUUCAUACAAAGCUUUUUGUGUUUAACAUUUGUCAGGAGCAUAGCGUUGGGAGUUUGCAGGUUUGGCUUUGUUUUUCUUCUCAUCAAUGCGGGGGCGGGCAUCAUUCAGCAUCUUCUCAUCAUCAUUCAUCAUUGGAGGAAAGACGGAGAGAGAAUGCAUUGUGGGACAGGAGGUGUCAGUAGAGGGGGAAGAGGAGUGGGUGGUUAUAUACACAUGUGUUCCAACGGGUCAAGAAAGUUUUCUUCAUUUCUUCUCAUGUUUUGCUUUUUUCUGUUGAUGAUGUUCAAUCUUGUUGUUGGUGAUGACUUGUUCGUUGCCAGGCGGGAUCUGAAUGUCUUUAAUAUACCCCUCUUUCUUUCUUGGCCCUUUGGAACAUAUGUUAUAUACACAUCUUUCUUCUUUUCUUUUUCAGAGGGAUAGAUGUUGGUUUGGUGGCGUUGUUUGUGUUGUGGGUUUCUUGUACAAAAGGUUGGGGUUAUAAUUGGGAGAUGAAAGAGAGAGAGAAGAGAGAGAGAGAGAGAGAGUACAGAAGGAUGACAUGAAAUAUGAAUAUCGCUGGGAUGAAAAGGGAGGUUCGAGGGGUGGACUGGGACAGAGUGGUUGUUUCUGUUUAUGUUCACCCUUCAGCUCCUUCUUUUCUGGCUGGUGUUUUUCUGAUGAUAUUCUGGACCCUUUAUGCGUUUGGUCUUCGUGGUUGUCGUUGCGUGCGAUUUCUUGUCUCGUUGCUGCACUUGCUAGAGUGGCAUUUUUCGCAGGAGUGGAGGUGGUAAAAGUUGCAUUCUGAGUUAUUGAGUUGUUUGAUCAAAGCAUAUUUAUGAAGUGGUCAGGGAAAAGAUGGUGUUUUUGUGUUGGUUUUCUUGAUUUUGAGGUCUAGAAGGAGGUUUUCAAGAUGAGGAGAGAGAGUCAGUCCAGUUAUCGGCAGCUAAGAGAGUGAGUGUUCUGGGAAGCAAGGAGAGCAGCCCUGGUGGUUGGGCUCUAGUUUUGCAACAAAGAAGGCAGAAAGAAUAGGGGGUGGUAGAUUUGAAUUUGAAUUGAGAACUUUUCGAAUUAGUACUGAUUUACUUGCAUACUGUCGGUUGAUUGUGUACUUCGAUUUCGGAUUUCUCAGCAUCGAUAUGUCUUGUCAUAUUACAGCGCUGAUCAAAUGGUCAUAGCCUCGUUCAAC